AAACGCAAGAGGAUCUUUCACACAGGUCCUAUAUAUAGGGCCAAGCCGUUCCAACAAGCAAACCAAAACAACCUACAAUAAUCGGCUGAUCCUAUACCAAUUAGCAGUAGUACCAGUUACCCAAAUCCUCUAGGGAUAGCCCCUGUUCUGUUUCCACACCUGUGAUCGAAAAGGUCAAAACUCAAAACUCUAGCAGCAGGAUGAUCUCAGCCAGCCCAAUGCGAGCCUGACACGUGUCUGAAUCACAGCCGUCAGUCCCUAGGUGUCUCGUUUGUCUCCGAAUCCUCUCUUGUGUAGUUGCGCCAGUGCGAUCACUAUGGAGCAGGAGCUGAGGAGCGGCGGUCCGGCGCUGCCGAGGCCGCACAGCGGCAGCGGCGGCUCCAUCUGCUUCUCCGGCGCGGCGGCGCUGGUGGACGGGCCCCGGAUCCAGCAGCUGCUGCUCCACUGCGCGGCGGCCCUGGAGUCCAAGGACGUGACGCUGGCGCAGCAGGCCAUGUGGGUGCUCAACAACAUCGUGGGCUCCUCCCAGGGCGACACCCCCAACAGCCGCCUCACCUCGGCCCUCCUCCGCGGCCUCGUCGCGCGGGCCUGCCGCACCUGCGUCUCCCCGGGCUCCUCCGCCGAGGCCGCCGCUGGGCCGGGCCGAUCACGGGCCGGCGGCAACGGCAUUUCCGCGACGGAGCUGGCCGAGUACGUGGACCUGACCCCGUGGCACCGGUUCGGCUUCACGGCCUCCAACGGCGCCAUCCUGCGGGCCGCCGCCGGCCGGCCGGCGCUGCACGUCGUGGACCUCAGCGUCACCCACUGCAUGCAGUGGCCCACGCUCAUCGACGCGCUCUCCAAGCGGGCCGGCGGCCCACCGGCCCUCCGCAUCUCCGUCCCGCGAGCCCGGCCCGCCGUCCCUCCCCUCCUCGCCGCGUCCGACGCGGCGCUCCUCGGCCCACGCCUCGCCAACUUCGCCAAGUCCAGAGGCGUCCGCCUCGACUUCCACGUCAUCGACGUCAAGAACGCCGAGCUGGCGUCCGUGCUGUCGGACAGGGAAGCCCUGGAGCUGCGGGACGGGGAAGCGCUCGUGGUGAACUGCCACAGCUGGCUCCGUCACGUGGCGCCGGGGCGCAGGGACGGGCUCCUGGACGCCGUCCGGGCGCUGGAGCCGUGCCUGGUGACGGUCACCGACGAGGACGCUGACCUGGACUCGCCGAGCCUGGCGUCGCGCAUCGCGGGGUGCCUGGAGUUCCACUGGAUCCUCUUCGACGCGCUGGACACGUGCGCGCCAAGGGACAGCACCCGGCGCGCGGAGCAGGAGGCGGCGCUGGCGCAGAAGAUCGAGAGCGUCGUCGCCGGGGACGAUGGCGGUGGCGCGGCGGCCGAGCGGUCGGAGUGCGGCGCGAGGCUGUCGGAGCGGAUGCGGCGGAGAGGGUUCGAUGGCGUCGGGUUUGGCGAGGAGGUCGCGGCGGAGGUAAGGCGGCUGCUUGGUGAGCACGCCAAUGGGUGGGGCGUGAAGACGGAGGAGGACAUGAUGGUGCUCACGUGGAAAGGGCAUGGCGCCGUGUUCACCACUGCUUGGGCGCCCAGCUAGCUAGGGUUUGAUCCAUUUCCAUUAGCGACUAAAACUGCUGUUAGGAUGCAUGCCACUAUGAUUAUUGCUGAUGCUCACAUUGUCCAACGGAGUACUAGUUUUAGCCUGAUAGGUGUUCGUUGUGUAGCUUAGAAAGCAUCAGAAUGACAUGACGCAUAAUUGGUACGUGCGUCUUCAUUAA